AUGGAAUUUUUGCUUGAAAGAAAAGAGAGUUUCUACAUCACUGACAAGGAAGAAGAGAGCUCCAAACAGCCUCCCUUCAAUCCCCCCUCUUCUUCUCCUUCACCGGCAUCUACUGCUUUCAAGUGGCACGAUAGCUCGUCCGGUGGCGGCGGUGAUUUCUCUUUCAUGGAGAAGGAGCACAUGUUUGACAAGGUAGUGACUCCCAGCGACGUCGGGAAGCUGAACCGGUUGGUGAUCCCGAAGCAGCACGCCGAGAAGUACUUCCCGCUGGACUUGUCAGCCAGCGAGAAGGGGCUUCUGCUGAGCUUCGAGGAUCGGACGGGGAAGCACUGGCGAUUCCGCUACUCCUACUGGAACAGCAGCCAGAGCUACGUCAUGACCAAGGGGUGGAGCCGCUUCGUCAAGGAGAAGAGCCUCGGCGCCGGGGACACCGUCUCCUUCGGCCGCGGCGUCGGCGAUGCCCCACGCCACCGCCUCUACAUCGACUGGAAGCGUCGACCGGAGAGGCGUGGCCUAGCCCGGAUCCCUCUCCCUGGGUUUUGCUUCGACCGGUCAACCGGGCCGUGGAGCGCCAGGCUCGUCGUCCCACCGGCGGUGGCGUGCGACCACACCUGGCAGGGGCGCACGUACAGCGCUGCCAACUCAGGUAUCGGAGCCGGACAACUUCUACUUCCGCUGUACUUCACUUUGCCGGCCCCGAAGCCACCACAGAUGGCGGUGCAACAGGUGACCAGCAGCCGAGUGCCCCUUGUUCACGACCACGCCGCCGUUAAGCGAGUUAGGCUGUUCGGAGUGAACCUAGACUGCCCUGAUCGAGGAGACGACGCCAAUUACCACCGCAGCGUGCGGCAGUUGCAUCCGACGACUGCUCUUCCGUUCCUCCAGCCGCUGCGCGCGGAAAGCCAGACACUGCUAGCCUCGUCGUCUUCCCAAAUGAGCAAUCAGCAGCGUUCGCCACUGGAUCUUUGUUUAUGA